UCACUCUCAACUCUCAAGUCCUAACCUCAGGUUCUCUCUCAUUCCAAUGGCUUCAGUCUGCAACGCCUCUUUCGUAACCCCCCAAACCCUAAUUUUCUCAUCCUCUCACCUUGUCCCCAACCCUAGACCCUCCGUUACAAAACCCUCAUCAACCCCUGCUCUUCAACUCGUCUCUUCGUUCAGAUUCAACUCACUGACUCGCCUCCCAACUCGUCCUCUCUCAACCUAUCAUGUUGCUUCCACGACGCCGGUUCGAGCCGCUCUCGACGGAGACUACUCGCCGAAGAGAAGUAGCAGCAACGAGACCAGGGAGACGAUAAUGUUACCGGGCUGUGACUACAACCACUGGCUCAUCGUCAUGGAGUUCCCCAAAGACCCUUCACCCACCAGAGAGCAGAUGAUCGAUACUUACCUCAAUACCCUCGCUCAAGUCGUGGGAAGCAUGGAAGAAGCAAAGAAGAAUAUGUAUGCUUUCAGUACCACUACUUAUACUGGAUUCCAGUGCACUGUGUCCGAGGAAACGUCUGAGAAAUUCAAAGGAUUGCCUGGAGUUCUUUGGGUGUUGCCGGAUUCAUAUAUAGAUGUUAAAAAUAAAGAUUAUGGAGGUGAUAAAUAUAUAAAUGGUGAGAUAAUUCCCUGCAAAUACCCUACCUAUCAACCAAAGCAACGCAGACAAUCUAAAUAUGAGAGCAGAAGGUAUGAAAGACGAAGGGAUGGUCCUCCCUCCGAGCAAAAAAGACCAAGACAAGAAACAACACAGACAUAAUCUUCCUCCAGAUGAGCUACUAAUUCAGUAUUAAAUGUCUAUGCAUGUUUUGUUCUCCGUCACUUAAUGCAUAUCAUAAUGAUAGAGUUGAUGAUGUAGUUUUGUGUAAUCUUUCAUUGGCAGUUUGUUAAUGCUUGAUCACUAAGGGCGUAAGGCAGUUGUUCUCUGUAGUGCUUUAAUAUUUAUAAAGGUAUGUGAUGGAAAUACUUUUCAAAGUGUACUCACACAUGUUACUGAGAUUUCUAAAUGGUGUACUUUUGUUUGGAUGAAA